AAAGUGAUUAGUAUUUUGAUUUUUGCAUUUUUUUUAUCACCAAAUUUUUUGGAAAAAUAAAAAUUCAGCUGUAUUCUGAAGCUGAGAAUUGAAAAUUCUGGUGGAAUUUACAAAUUUCCCGAGUCGUAAUCUCACAAUUCGGCUGAUCAACCUCUAUUUUCAUCGGCGGAUUCUGUCUCUCUGAUCUCUGUUGAAGAUGCUAAAUUAAUUUUAAAACAAUAUCGAAGUUAUUUUGAAUUUGUUUCAUCUACCUGCGCUGCUCAAUUUCACAUAAUGGGGAAAUAUUAUAAUACUCAAAAAAAAACGAAAAGUGGCUAUCUCAUAUGUGUCGUACCGAUGUGCCAAACUAAGAAAUCCACCACUACCUUGAAAACGUUCGAAUUUCCUAGCGAUUUGAAAAGGAGAAAUCAGUGGAUAUCUGCCAUAGUUGAAGCCACUCUAAGAAAUGAAGAGAAGUCAUCGCUGGAGGAUUUAUACGCGUUGGAAAACAGACGUAUGGAAUUGGAGAUGGAGAUUUCCAGCGCUUUAGGUGAUCACAGCUAUGUUUGUGCUCGACAUUUCCUUCCGGAAGAUAUCGUAGUUCACCCUAAUGUCUGUCGUUUAACGUCAAAUGCAGUACCUUCGAUAUUUAGUAAUUACUCCACCGAUUUACCACGUCAAUUUUUCAAGAAGGUGUGUCAAACAGCUCGAAGUAUCGUAAGCAUCGAAGAAGAUCCUCUUUCAUUAAUUCGUGAAGAGACUGAAAGAAACGAGUACGAUGAAGAACUGCAAGAUUCAAUCAAUUAUUUUCAAGAAGUUGUGUACGAACCUAUCGUAAUUUCUGAAGACGUGAAUAUUAGAGGUAUUCCGGAGUUUUGUACGACUGGAAUUGAUGGCAGUUCGUCGAUAGAUUACGAAUCUAUCUCCGAAAAUCCUGAUAUGAGUCGACCUGUUUACGUAGUUAGUCGUGGGACAAAUACUAAAAUCAAAUAUACCGGCGUAUCUAAUACGAAGUUGAUUAAAAACAAGCUGAGAAAAAAACUACGACUUAUGGAAUCACGAUAUAAAAAUGUAAAAAAAAGAUUGACGGAAUUGGAGAAUAAACAUGUUUUGUAUAACUUGGAAUCGCUUGAAAAAGAUGCCGAAAAUGAUAACGAAGAAGCAAAAUUUAUUUUAGAAAUGUUGAGAUCUUACAAUGCUUUCGAGGAUACUCGAAAAGAGAUUCUAACUUCGCAAAAAGCUGCAAAUGAUAAUGAUGAUAUCGCGUACGAACAUUCCCCUACAAAAUAGCCUCUGUACUGAAGAACAGCUCCGUUUCAUCUAUCGUGUGAUUUUUGUAAGUAGGUAAUCGACUUCAUUCACGCCUAUUUUCAAUGCAAUCUUUAAUUUAUUUAUGUUUUGUAAUAUUGUUUUAUUCGUGCAUAUGUUGUAAUAUUGUAAUGAAGUAUAAACGAAUUUUAUUUA